AUGGCCGAGUACAAGGCUCGGAUAAAUUGCCUCGCCUCAGGGAGCGGCACGAACCUACAGGCGCUCAUGGACUCGUGCGCCUCCAACGAACCCGGCAGCAUUCCGGGCACGAUCAUCAAAGUCACGACUAAUCGGAGAGAUGCCUAUGCGAUCAAGCGGGCCGAGCAAGCCGAGCCCCCGAUACCUACCGAUUACUUCAACAUGAGGAAGCAUGGAUUCCAGGCUGCCGGAGAAAAAGAUGCGGACAAGCUGCGGGAAGGUCGUCUGAGAUACGAUGCGGCUCUGGCCGAGCGGAUCUUGGCUGACAAGCCGGAUGUGAUAGUUCUGGCUGGCUGGAUGCAUGUGUUCAGUCCAUCCUUUCUUAAGCCAGUCACUGCUGCUGGCGUCCCAAUCAUAAACCUACACCCCGCAUUGCCAGGAAAAUACGACGGCGCUGGCGCGAUCAAACGAGCUUUCGAGGAUUUCCAAGCGGGCAAGCUGGACAACGAUACGACUGGAAUCAUGAUUCAUUACGUUGUGGAAGAGGUCGACCGUGGUGAUCCCAUACUGACGCAGGAUAUUAAGAUUGAGAAAGGCGAGAGCCUGGAAGCAUUGGAGCACAGAAUACACGGAUAUGAGCACAAGUUGAUUGUGAAGGCGACGGCGCUUCUGGCGGAGAAGAUAGUCGCUGCGAGGAGAUCUACGACGGCAUGA